CACAGGCUGAGAGUCUCAGGAGUAGGUAGCCAUGGUGACUGGAACACUACAGAUCACAGGCUGAGAGUCUCAGGAGUAGGUAGCCAUGGUGACUGGAACACUACAGAUCACAGACUGAGAGUCUCAGGAGUAGGUAGCCAUGGUGACUGGAACACUACAGAUCACAGACUGAGAGUCUCAGGAGUAGGUAGCCAUGGUGACUGGAACACUACAGAUCACAGACAGAGUCUCAGGAGUAGGUAGCCAUGGUGACUGGAACACUACAGAUCACAGACUGAGAGUCUCAGGAGUAGGUAGCCAUGGUGACUGGAACACUACAGAUCACAGACUGAGAGUCUCAGGAGUAGGUAGCCAUGGUGACUGGAACACUACAGAUCACAGACUGAGAGUCUCAGGAGUAGGUAGCCAUGGUGACUGGAACACUACAGAUCACAGACUGAGAGUCUCAGGAGUAGGUAGCCAUGGUGACUGGAACACUACAGAUCACAGACUGAGAGUCUCAGGAGUAGGUAGCCAUGGUGACUGGAACACUACAGAUCACAGGCUGAGAGUCUCAGGAGUAGGUAGCCAUGGUAACUGGAACACUACAGAUCACAGGCUGAGAGUCUCAGGAGUAGGUAGCCAUGGUGACUGGAACACUACAGAUCACAGACAGAGAGUCUCAGGAGUAGGUAGCCAUGGUAACUGGAACACUACAGAUCACAGACUGAGAGUCUCAGGAGUAGGUAGCCAUGGUGACUGGAACACUACAGAUCACAGACUGAGAGUCUCAGGAGUAGGUAGCCAUGGUGACUGGAACACUACAGAUCACAGACUGAGAGUCUCAGGAGUAGGUAGCCAUGGUGACUGGAACACUACAGAUCACAGACUGAGAGUCUCAGGAGUAGGUAGCCAUGGUGACUGGAACACUACAGAUCACAGGCUGAGAGUCUCAGGAGUAGGUAGCCAUGGUGACUGGAACACUACAGAUCACAGGCUAAGAGUCUCAGGAGUAGGUAGCCAUGGUGACUGGAACACUACAGAUCACAGACUGAGAGUCUCAGGAGUAGGUAGCCAUGGUGACUGGAACACUACAGAUCACAGACUGAGAGUCUCAGGAGUAGGUAGCCAUGGUGACUGGAACACUACAGAUCACAGGCUGAGAGUCUCAGGAGUAGGUAGCCAUGGUGACUGGAACACUACAGAUCACAGGCUAAGAGUCUCAGGAGUAGGUAGCCAUGGUGACUGGAACACUACAGAUCACAGACUGAGAGUCUCAGGAGUAGGUAGCCAUGGUGACUGGAACACUACAGAUCACAGACUGAGAGUCUCAGGAGUAGGUAGCCAUGGUGACUGGAACACUACAGAUCACAGACUGAGAGUCUCAGGAGUAGGUAGCCAUGGUGACUGGAACACUACAGAUCACAGACUGAGAGUCUCAGGAGUAGGUAGCCAUGGUGACUGGAACACUACAGAUCACAGACUGAGAGUCUCAGGAGUAGGUAGCCAUGGUGACUGGAACACUACAGAUCACAGACAGAGUCUCAGGAGUAGGUAGCCAUGGUGACUGGAACACUACAGAUCACAGGCUGAGAGUCUCAGGAGUAGGUAGCCAUGGUGACUGGAACACUACAGAUCACAGACUGAGAGUCUCAGGAGUAGGUAGCCAUGGUGACUGGAACACUACAGAUCACAGACUGAGAGUCUCAGGAGUAGGUAGUCAUGGUGACUGGAACACUACAGAUGACAGACAGAGUCUCAGGAGUAGGUAGCCAUGGUGACUGGAACACUACAGAUCACAGACUGAGAGUCUCAGGAGUAGGUAGCCAUGGUGACUGGAACACUACAGAUCACAGGCUGAGAGUCUCAGGAGUAGGUAGCCAUGGUGACUGGAACACUACAGAUCACAGACAGAGUCUCAGGAGUAGGUAGCCAUGGUGACUGGAACACUACAGAUCACAGACAGAGUCUCAGGAGUAGGUAGCCAUGGUGACUGGAACACUACAGAUCACAGGCUGAGAGUCUCAGGAGUAGGUAGCCAUGGUGACUGGAACACUACAGAUCACAGGCUGAGAGUCUCAGGAGUAGGUAGCCAUGGUGACUGGAACACUACAGAUCACAGACUGAGAGUCUCAGGAGUAGGUAGCCAUGGUGACUGGAACACUACAGAUCACAGACUGAGAGUCUCAGGAGUAGGUAGUCAUGGUGACUGGAACACUACAGAUGACAGACUGAGAGUCUCAGGAGUAGGUAGUCAUGGUGACUGGAACACUACAGAUCACAGACUGAGAGUCUCAGGAGUAGGUAGCCAUGGUGACUGGAACACUACAGAUCACAGACUGAGAGUCUCAGGAGUAGGUAGCCAUUGUGACUGGAACACUACAGAUCACAGGCUGAGAGUCUCAGGAGUAGGUAGCCAUGGUGACUGGAACACUACAGAUCACAGGCUGAGAGUCUCAGGAGUAGGUAGCCAUGGUGACUGGAACACUACAGAUCACAGACAGAGUCUCAGGAGUAGGUAGCCAUGGUGACUGGAACACUACAGAUCACAGGCUGAGAGUCUCAGGAGUAGGUAGCCAUGGUGACUGGAACACUACAGAUCACAGGCUGAGAGUCUCAGGAGUAGGUAGCCAUGGUGACUGGAACACUACAGAUCACAGACAGAGUCUCAGGAGUAGGUAGCCAUGGUGACUGGAACACUACAGAUCACAGGCUGAGAGUCUCAGGAGUAGGUAGCCAUGGUGACUGGAACACUACAGAUCACAGGCUGAGAGUCUCAGGAGUAGGUAGCCAUGGUGACUGGAACACUACAGAUCACAGACAGAGUCUCAGGAGUAGGUAGCCAUGGUGACUGGAACACUACAGAUCACAGGCUGAGAGUCUCAGGAGUAGGUAGCCAUGGUGACUGGAACACUACAGAUCACAGACUGAGAGUCUCAGGAGUAGGUAGCCAUGGUGACUGGAACACUACAGAUCACAGGCUGAGAGUCUCAGGAGUAGGUAGCCAUGGUGACUGGAACACUACAGAUCACAGACUGAGAGUCUCAGGAGUAGGUAGCCAUGGUGACUGGAACACUACAGAUCACAGACAGAGUCUCAGGAGUAGGUAGCCAUGGUGACUGGAACACUACAGAUCACAGGCUGAGAGUCUCAGGAGUAGGUAGCCAUGGUGACUGGAACACUACAGAUCACAGACUGAGAGUCUCAGGAGUAGGUAGCCAUGGUGACUGGAACACUACAGAUCACAGGCUGAGAGUCUCAGGAGUAGGUAGCCAUGGUAACUGGAACACUACAGAUCACAGACUGAGAGUCUCAGGAGUAGGUAGCCAUGGUGACUGGAACACUACAGAUCACAGACUGAGAGUCUCAGGAGUAGGUAGCCAUGGUGACUGGAACACUACAGAUCACAGGCUGAGAGUCUCAGGAGUAGGUAGCCAUGGUGACUGGAACACUACAGAUCACAGGCUGAGAGUCUCAGGAGUAGGUAGCCAUGGUGACUGGAACACUACAGAUCACAGACAGAGUCUCAGGAGUAGGUAGCCAUGGUGACUGGAACACUACAGAUCACAGGCUGAGAGUCUCAGGAGUAGGUAGCCAUGGUGACUGGAACACUACAGAUCACAGACUGAGAGUCUCAGGAGUAGGUAGCCAUGGUGACUGGAACACUACAGAUCACAGGCUGAGAGUCUCAGGAGUAGGUAGCCAUGGUGACUGGAACACUACAGAUCACAGACUUCUAUUAAAAUAAGAUAUACUGACUGGUUUUUCUCUUCC